UCAAGACUAAUCAAAGGCACUUGUAUGGAGAGGACUGUUGGCCUCUGGAGGGAUUGAGCCAGUUCAGGCCAGCCUGCUGCUCUUUCUCUCCUUCUCUCCUUUUCUUUUUCCUCUCACUCUCUCUUCCUGUCUUGUCUGUUUAAGGAGAGAAAGAUUGGGAAAUUCCUUCAAGCUACUUUACUUCAGGUUUCUGUGGGAUUUAAACAUGCACACUGAGGUUUUGGGACAGUCCAUGUUAGUGCCGUUGUUUCUGAUUCUGCUCUCUGCCGUGGAGGAAACUUUGUUACAAUCGGUGAGCCAGGUGGGUGGUGUGUGUAAACUGUCCACAGAGUCAUCCCUGCGCCGAUGCCGGACACCCGAUGGCAAGGUCUGCAGUGGGAGGGGCAAAUGCGACUGCGGCAUCUGCAUCUGCGAGGCCACUGAUCCAGGGAAGUUCUAUGGGCCUCGCUGCGAGUGCCAUGACUGGGUCUGUGCUGCACAUAACGGGAAAACUUGCAAUGACCGCGGCUACUGUGACUGUGGGAUGUGUGAGUGUGACGAAGGCUGGUUCGGAGAUGCCUGCCAGUUCCAGGAAGAGUGUAACCUACCAAGCAAGAAGAGCAAAGCGCUCUGCAAAAACCCACAGGGGGUGGUUUGCUCCAACAGAGGCACCUGCCACUGUGGUAGCUGCAUGUGUGACAAUGAAGAGAACAGGGGUCUGGUGACAGGACGUUUCUGUGAGUGUGACGACAACGAGUGUCUGGAUGAGGACACCGGAGAGGUGUGUGGAGGCCAUGGCCAGUGUUACUGUGGAAACUGUUACUGUGCUGCCGGUUGGCAUGGAGACAAAUGUGAAUUCCAAUGUGAUAUCAGCCCAUGGGAAAGCAAGCGGAGAUGCACAUCUCCAGAUGGCAAAAUCUGCAGCAACAGAGGGACCUGUGUGUGUGGGGAGUGUAACUGUUAUGAUGUAGAUCCCUCUGGAGACUGGGGAGAUAUUCAUGGAGACACCUGUGAGUGUGAUGAGAGGAACUGUCAUGCAACCUAUGACCGAUACACAGAUGACUUCUGCUCAGGUCAUGGCCAGUGUAAUUGUGGCAGGUGUGACUGCAAGGAGGGAUGGGCAGGGAAGAAGUGUGAGCAUCCUCUCUCCUGCUCCCUGUCUCUGGAGAGCAGUCUGAAGAAGUGUCGAGGAACGUCCAAUUUGCCCUGCUUCGGACGAGGUCAGUGCCUGUGUGGACAGUGUACUUGCCACCCACCUGGGGACAGUCGUGUUCAUGGUAAAAACUGUGAGUGUGACGACCGUCAGUGCGAGGACAUCAGUGGAGAGGUCUGUGGAGGUCACGGUUACUGUUCAUGUGGACGGUGCAUCUGUGAGGAGGGCUGGUUCGGGAAGCGCUGCCAGUUCCCCAGGUCUUGUGAGAUGAGCGACACCCAGAGCAAGGAGCUUUGUGAGACCUCAGAUGGAGUCCUGUGCAGUGGAAAAGGUUCCUGUCACUGUGGCCAGUGUAUCUGCUCUCCCCAAGACUGGUGGGUGUCUGGAGAGCUCUGCGAGUGUGACGACCGGGAGUGUGACAAACACGAUGGCCUCAUCUGCACAGGGAACGGGUUGUGCAAUUGUGGCAACUGUGAGUGCUGGGAAGGCUGGACAGGGAACGCUUGUGAAAUCUGGGUGGGAGCAGAGUACUGAGGAGAACAGGACACCGGGGGUUAGAGACAAGAGGCCUGGCUGCCGGGAGCGACCAGGAGCACCACCGAUGGCCACGACCAGGCUGGUAAAACAACCACAGCCUGGAAACCACAGGAGGAGGGAGAAGACAUACAUAAACAUGGAUGUAAUUCUGCAUAUCACUAACAGCAUUCAUUCUUUUAUUGUACUGGUUACAAAUGAUCCUUAUUAAAACUGGAUUUUGUAGGUGAAGAGAAACAACCAUAUUUUUCUGUUUAAAACAUAUUACAAUGUAAACAUUUACGUUUCCAAAACAGCUUUAUGUAUGAUUUUUUGUUGUUGUUGUUGUUGUUGUACAUGCAUAGGAACACUUACAUAUCCCGGAUGGCUGACAUUUUAGGAUGUGGGUACAUGACAAAUCCAUAUGUUGGAAAGAAAAGCACAUGUUCUUUAAGGUGACAUUUUUGGAAUAUGUGGGAUACUGCAGGGUAUAAUGUAGGUCUGGUGCACAGUGAAGUGUUAUUCCGCAGUUCACUUGAAAGUUCAAGGCAGAGGUUACUGUUUGAGGUUUUUAUUUCUUUUUAAUAAUAAAACAUUAAAUGUGC